AAAGUUGAUUUGCAGUUAAAGUAAAAGGUCUAGAAAAAUCGGUUGGAGCAAAACGGUCGGGCAGGAAUCAGCACUGGUGCCUGCCCCUCUCUUCAUCCCAUUUUCUUUGGAGCUGAAACUGCAACCUUAAAUUCUUCAAAUUUCCCGGAAAUAUUUCAACCCAUUUAUAUAUCCUUAUCCAUUUCAUUUAAGUUCUUCAACUUACAUUUUCUGGUCAAAGUUUGAGACUUGGAAUAAUUCUAUUUGCAAAAAUAGCAGCAAAAGAUCAUUUCUUUAGUGUUGUGUAAUUCAUCAGGUUAACUUUUCUUCUUGAUAAGUUAAAUUAAAUGGAUAUUGAUGAAAUAUUUGGGGAGUCUCGGCGGCCCGUGAGUCUACCAAACAAGAGUGCAAUUUACGUUUGGGGUUACAACCAUUCUGGGCAAACGGGUCGGAGGGACAAAGAGAGGAGCUUGAGGAUACCAAAGCAGCUUCCGCCGGAGCUAUUUGGAUGCCCAGCUGGUGGGAAUUCUCGUUGGUUGGAUAUUGCUUGUGGUCGUGAACACACUGCUGCUGUCGCCUCUGAUGGAUCGCUCUUUACCUGGGGGGCUAACGAAUUUGGUCAGCUGGGUGAUGGAACUGAAAGUGCUAGGAAGCACCCCAAGAAAGUGAAGCUAUUACAAUCUGAAUUUGUUAUUAGCAUUUCAUGUGGAGCACAUUGCACUGCUGCUAUUGCAGAACCACGUGAAAAUGAUGGUACUAUGUCAACUCGGAGACUUUGGGUGUGGGGACAGAACCAGGGAUCCAACUAUCCACGACUCUUUUGGGGUGCCUUUGCUCCUUCUACGGUUAUCCGCCAAGUUUCUUGUGGUGCUGUUCAUGUUGUGGCUUUAUCAGAAGAAGGCUUGCUGCAAGCUUGGGGCUAUAAUGAAUAUGGUCAGCUUGGGAGAGGUGUUACAUCUGAAGGCCUUCAAGGCCCUCGUGUAAUUAAUGGAUAUGCUAAAUUUCUCGAGGAAGCCCCUGAACUUGUGAAGAUUACCCAAGUGUCAUGCGGGGAGUACCAUACUGCGGCUAUAUCAGAGAAAGGCGAGGUCUAUACGUGGGGAUUGGGAAGCAUGGGACAACUUGGGCAUUGUUCCCUUCAGUCAGGUGACAAGGAACUUUUACCUAGGCGUGUAGUUGCCCUUGAUGGCAUAGUUAUAAAAGAAGUUUCAUGUGGUGGUGUUCACAGCUGUGCUGUAACUGCGAAAGGGGCUCUUUAUGCUUGGGGUGGAGGUCAGGCUGGGCAAUUGGGAGUUGGGCCCCUAAAUGGAUUCUUUUCGUGCAAACUCAAUGAAUCUGAGAUGAUGCUCCGAAAUAUACCAGUUUUGGUCGUUCCAGAUGGUGUGCAACUUGUUGCUUGUGGGCAUUCACACACGCUUAUUUCUGCUAAAGAUGGACGAAUACAUGGAUGGGGUUACAAUUGCUACGGUCAAGCGGCUAAUGAGAAGUCAACAUAUGCCUGGUAUCCGUCACCAGUUGAUUGCUGUGUUGGGGAAGUCCGGAAAUUGGCUGCUGGUGGUGGACAUUCUGCAGUGUUGACAGAUGCAUGUUCGCUGAAGGAGCUGUGCGAGUUUCAGCUUGCAGAAACUGUGAAUCUAUCCAACGCUUUGGAGGUUGAGGAUAUUGCCUCGAGAACAGGAGCUGAUGCUUUAGCACGACUUUGUGAAAGACUGAGGGAGCAUUACUACAAUGAUGACGAGUUUGGCGUGUGAAGUCAUUGACGGUGUCAAAGUAAUAUCACGAACUCCCCAAUUGGGGUUGAGUCUUGAAUUCAUGUAAUUCAAUAGUGAGAACCCAUUAUUUCUUCAUCACAUGUAUUCUCUCUUCGUAGUAUGGUGCUUCAUUAUUAAGUUGGCAGGUUCUAAUUGGAAAUAAAAUGUACAGUAUAUGGUAAUAAACGUGUACAUUUGACCAAACUCUAAAUAAGUUAAGAAGUUCGAGAAAGUUCCAUCUUCA